GCGUACAGUGGAGUUUUCGAAUUAGUUAGUCAGUCAGUCAGUCGUGCGGUACCGGUCGAGAUAGGCUCUUUUUUCGGGUUAAGUGUUUAAUUUUGGAAAAGAUAAUGAUUGUAAAAUUUGUUACCAGUUUUCUGUUCUCAUUUAAAAAAUGCGAAGCCUCAUAGGAUCGUUGAGAAUAGACUGCACAUUACAGUUCUAAGUGCAUUCCAGCAUUCUUUUUGUCUGCGAUCAGCAAUCUGAGUUGGCUUAUUGUUGUGUAACGUGGCGACGGCAUAGAACUAAUUCAUCAUCGAAGAUACAAUUUACCGUUAUGUAGUAGCACCGUAAAACCCUUGCCUUGGCAUUCUCGAAGUUCUAAAUGACGUCAAACAUAAGAUAUCACUCGCUAACCCGUUUUCAGUAGUGAACAAAAAAGCUAUGGAACACAUGUGUUAAUAAAUCACCACCAAAGUCAUGUCAUCAUUCGCAACUCGGCUCCCGGCAGCAUGAAGGAAUUCAACAAAAUUAUUGACCUUUUCGAUCACUCGUUCGAUGUUCAGUUCUUACCUCUAACUAACUGAAUAGAGUUCACACCGUCAACCAGUUCGAAUGAUUUAAUUGAUCAAGAUCAAAAGAGCAUAUGGAAAUAGACCUCGUCUGAAUCGAUAGAAGAGUGAUAGAAGAGUUUGUGAUUGAAACUCUUUCGAACUACCGAUCUGUUUAACUCCUGCUAUAGUUUAAUCUAGUCUGUGGCGCUAACGUAAGGUGAACAUGACAAUCGAUCGCAAAAGCAAGCUUACCACGGCAUCGUCAUCAAUGUCGGCUAAUAAUCCGCGACGUCACGCGGACAUCGAGUACGAUAAGCUUCCCGGGACCGAUGGCGGCGGUAAUCAUCGUCUCGGUGGUAGUGUUGGUGGAGAGGAAGCAGUUUUCGAUGGCGCAAGGACAUCGACGGCGCCGUCAGUUGAAGCUCGCCAUUCGCACCGUGUACAAGUAGACAGCGCAACGCCAUUCAUCGACGAUCUGCAAAGAACGGUAGCAGCUAGCGGUAUUCCCCGAGUCGCAGUGGUUGGAUCGCCAUCGGCCGAUGGUAAUUGUUUGAUUGGGAGCAGUCCCUCGUCGUCGGUGCUGACGGAAAGUUGUUGUCUGCUGCGCAAACCGGGCACCAUGAAGAAUAAGCUGAGCGGACUCCGGGAUGCGGUUGCGAACCGAAGCCUGCUGGUGGAUUUGUUGGCGAUAUUGUUCGGUGUCGGUGCUUGGAUUGGAGUUAACUCGAGUUUCGUGCAGCUGCCGCUGUUGGUGGCCAACGCUCCGGAAGGAUGGAAUCUACCGUCGUACCUGGUGGUGAUUACGCAGCUCGGAAAUCUUGGUCCUCUGCUGUACACCGGGUUGCAGAAACUGAAGGCCUUUAAGGAUUCAUAUAUGAUUUAUGCGCUGUUAAUCAUUGGAACAGUUGGAGCCAUCUGUAUGGCUUUUCUGUUCGAAACGACGGCGCACAUUUUUGGAACGGAACGGUCGGUUGCGAUGUUCGUGUGCGUAUUUUGCUUCGCUCUGGUCGGAUGCACCAGUUCGGUUCUAUUUAUGCCAUAUAUGGGACGAUUCCGGGACGUGUAUCUCAUCACAUAUCUGAUCGGCGAAGGAUUUAGUGGAUUUUUGCCCAGUAUCGUUGCGCUGAUUCAGGGUGUCGGUGGAAAUGCCGAAUGUAUCCCGAGCAACAGUACUGAUCCUAAUGCACCGGAAUUUGUCAGCUACACGCCUUUGCCCCGCUUUGGUUCGAUGGAGUACUUUAUCUUUGUAUUUGUCGUAUACAUCGUUAGCACAUUGGCCUUCACAGUGCUCGAUAAUCAUUCGAAAUGUCGCAAAGAAUAUGCAGCAGUAGUAAUCAGUCACGGUAAUGAUUACACUUAUGAAUCAUCAGAUCCCACCAAUUCGACAAACGCCACAGAUAAAAGUUCUGGUGGUGCAGGUCCCGAAAAGACUAAAGUGCUCUCGAACUUCAACUACGCGUACCUGAUAGUUCUGCUAGGAGUGCUGUGCAUGUUCGGGAACGGUGUCUUUCCCAGCUUACAGUCUUACUCGUGUCUGCCGUACGGGAAUGUGGCCUAUCAUCUAACGGUUACCCUUAGCACCAUGGCCAAUCCGGUUGCUUGUUUUAUGGCAGUGUUUCUACCGCAUACAUCCAUAAGGGCAAUUACAUCGAUUUCGCUGCUAGCUGCUGGUUUUACCUGCUAUGCACUGGCGACAGCUUUUAUGAGUCCGGCACCGCCGCUAAUGGGACAAGCCAUCGGUGAUGCACUGGUGAUCAUCACCUGGACCAUCCUGAUAGGUCUUGUCAGUUACGUGCGGCUCUCGAUAACGACUGUGUUCCGGUACCAGGGAGGCAAAUCGUUGGUUCUGGUUGGUGCCGUUACCCAAAUCGGUUCCCUGAUCGGAUCCGUAACAUCCUUCUCGUUGGUUAACUUUACCAACCUUUUCCAGCAGUACUAUCCAUGUUGAUCAUCGUGUUUAAUUCUAAUAGUGUCUAGGUAGACUGACUCACCUAUAGGAUCUUCUGAUUGUUGUUAGCGAUUAUGUUGUAAUCUUAUCAUAUGAUCAAACUCAUGUGUCCGAUUAGAAACUUCAAAAUUCAUGAUUGUAGAUCAGAUCGUGCCUAGUGUACCAUGUUUUAAAAUGUUGAAUGUGUCUGUGAGAAUGUUAAGCUAGUUGAGUAAGUACAAACUUUUACACGUUUAAGAUCAAAGGUAGGAGGAAGGAUCUUGUUUUUUUUUCUGGAAGACAAUAAGGUUAUGUUUUUAUUUUAUGAUUAAUAACUAUUAGAGAUAAUUUAUGAACGUAAACAGAGAAAAUAAUUACGUUAUUGACUUGUUUGUUUGUGAAA